AUAUGAAGCAAGGAAUGGCAGAAGAGGCUUUAGAAAUUGCAGAAGAUUUAGGAGAUAGCAUUUUGAGGAAUAGGUGCCAUAUUCUUAAUUUCAAUAUUAAACUUCAUAAAAUAGAAGAUGUUACGGUUAUAGAUGACACUGAAAAAAAUGAAAUUUGUCAGAGGUUAAAAGAAGUAUUCUACGCAAUGCAAGAUUCGAAAGAUAAAAUUUUAGCAGGGAGAGCUGCAUUUAUCGUUGGUAAACUUAAUAAUGACAAAGAAUUUGUAAAAAAAGCUUUUGGCGCUUUUCUUAAUUGUGAACCAUUCCCCAGUCUUGCAGGUCAACUAGAAUGUAUGGAUUGGAUGACCAGCAAUACUAAUCUCAAAGUUUAUUCAAAUAUAGCAAAAUGCAUUCUUGGCAUGGAAACUCUUUUCAAAGCCCUUAACAUCUUAUUGAAACCAAUAAAUGACAUUGAGAGACUGCAGUUUGUUGAACUGUUAGAUUAUUAUGGAUUUCACAGAACGUCUGAUGACAAAACAUGUUUUGUGUAUCCACUCCAGAGACCAAUGGCAUUAGACAUGAAAGGAAUGGAAGACAUUGAAAAAACAAAACAUGUUUGUCAGGUCAAUUUAGAAAGAGCUAGAAAUGGUACCCUCCAGUUUCUAAUUGAAAACGGAUUAAAGUGGAAAACAAAGUUAGAAAACACUUUAGAUAUAGCGAGAUGUGAGCCUUCUGAAAUGUUCAAGGAAUUCUUGGAUAUGGAUAAGUUUAUAAAGAUCUUGGAAAAUGGUAUACAGUCAGUGGAGCUUGAAAUGCAUAUCAGCGUGGGCUCUGAAGAAAUAGGAAAGAGGAAACAAGACUUAAAAGUUGAUUUCAAGUCUCUCAAACAAAUUUCAUUUGAAAAGUGCCAGCGUCUAAUUACAGAUAUGUUUCCAGUAAACGGAAUAUCUGCACUCGGACAUAUUGAAACGGGCAAAAGGAUAAGAGUUCUUGACACAAUUAGAAAUUCAAAAAAUCGAUUUUUCUAUCGAUGCCUCACACGCUUUUUACAAAGUUUGAUUGACAAAAAGAGAAUGGACUGGAAAAGAUACCAUGUGCCAAGAUUUCUUUGCUACAUUUUUUGUUACGACAUAUUUUACCUAAGAAGAUGUGAUAAUCCAGAAAGAGCUUUGAGAGAUAUAGAAGAAAGCGUAACAUGUGAAUUGGCACCAUGUAACAAUGAUGAAGAGAAUAGAAAAAUGUGGAUUUUUGGUUUCACAAAAUAUUGGCAAAAGCACAGUUGUCAGUUCAGUUUGUACCGAAAUGGUUAUUUCUCAAGAGCAUCUCAGGUCCCAAAAUCCGAUAGAAGGCUUAAUACAUUUUUGUAAGUUUUGCGAUGAAUUGUGCCAAGGGAAUAUUGAAUUGGAUUCUCACUUAUGGCUAUUUUUAUAUUGGCUGGAGUUUUAUACAACAAUAUCGCUUAUGUCAAUAACUGUUCUGUUGUCUAAGCCAAAGGAAAAGUUGAGAGAAGUAUGCAUUCCCAAAUCGUUUGAACAAAACGCAGAGACUUUGUAUCUUGCAUUUUCUGAGGAAGAUGAUCUAAUUCCAAAGUUAUGCAAUAAACAGAUUCUCAAAAGGUACGAAAAGGACCUUUUGAAAUCUCCUGCUUGUCUCUCAAAACUUCUUUGUGGUAUUGAAAGCAAAUCAAGUCUACUUGAUAUAAUUUUCUUGGAGAAAAAUAAUUUGAGAGAAAGACAGAUUCCACUCGAUGAUCUCGAUGUUUUAUCUCAAAGAAUACUUCUUAUAAGUCUUGUUAUCUUCUGCAAUCUUGGAAGAGGAUUCCAUGGUUCGAAAAAAAUAGAAGAGGAAAUGGCUUUAAAACUUUGCUCUGGAAGAUGGCAAAAACAUACUUCUGAGCAGGUGAAAGAAACCUUCAAAACUUUAAGAGAUAAAAAACAAACGUGUCCUGGAAAUUUUCAAGAUGCUCUUUUGAGUCUCGUUUUUGAGAGGGAAAAUGAUAGCCUUAGAUGUUUUGGAUAUACACAAGAUAAGAAUUCAUUUUUUGAGACCUUGUUUGAUGAAUCUAAAUACAGACAAAAUUUCCUGAGUAAGGAAACAAUUAAAAUUGUCAAAAAUCCAACAGCAUAUCUUGGAAGCAAAGAAAAUGAGCAAUUCCAGGUUCAUGAAGUCAAAAAGGGGAAUUUGCUAGACAUUCCAAAUAUGCGGGAUGUUGUUUCGGAGAAGGAACACGGCAUUCCGUCAAACAAAGAUAUGAAAUCAGAUAACGUAACAAACCCUGGUGAAAAGGCAGAGGAGGAUACAAAUGUUAGAGAACAGAAAAUUGUAGAGAAAAAAAUAGACUCUGAUAACAAAAGUAUUGAUGAGACAAAGUCAAAUAACACAGGAUCAAGAAAUGACAAUGCUGCAAAUGUCAUUAUCCGUUUUUGGAGAAGUUUCAUCUUCAACAGAAAAGUUGUGGAUCUAUGUAAACACCUUAGAAAACAAAUUACUAGAGAAAAGAACGCAGAAAUUGAAGAGCGAUUUACCUGUUUGGAAAUGGACGCAACAAUUUGUAACGUUUGUGGAAUACCUUUCAAAAGUAAUGUUAAUAUUACCACAAGCAAAAAUGAAGUCAUGUUAUAUGAGAGGGUUAAUGGCGGUGAUUAUGAGAAACCCGAUGUUUUGUCAGAGGAAUUCAACAUCACCUGUCCUGAAGAGAACAAACAUUUUGUUGAUAAUGAAAUACAAGAUAACCCAUUUCAGCUCUUACUAAAAAAUGAUAGUAAAAGAAAUAAUCUAAAUCUAGAAAAUAAAGGCGAACAUGAAGCCAGUGAAUCUCAUCAAAAAAAGCUUCAAGAGUUUGAGAUAUUUAAAGAGAAGUUCUACAGUGAAGUCUAUGACACAAUUCGCGAUAUAGAAAGAUUCAUAGAAAUAUACAAUCUACGAGAUGAGGAAACCUUAAAAAGGUACAGCGAUAUGUCUGAUUACAUAGGUAGCCUAUGUGAUGAGAACAUGUAUCUCGAUGAACUAGUGAACAAAAUUAUCCGUGAUAGAGAUUGGUGUAACAGGGAUAUUGAAGAAAAAGUUAAAAAUGUUUGCUUCAUUUUAUCUUCAAUCAAAGAUGGCGUCAAAAGAACUGCUUUAGAGAACAAAAAGAAAAUGCAGACCUCAGGAAGUAUUGAUACGGAGGAAAUGGGGCUCAAUAACAAGAAGACAAAGAAAGGAAAGAAAAAAUUUAUACCUACAGGGAAAUUUACAUUUUCUUCGAUGUGAAUUGGUGAUACUUAUUUUUGUCAAUUUCCUUUUACAUUAACUGACAAACAGUACUUUUAUUAGUUAUUGAUGCGUUAAGCAUGUAUAUCAA